AUGUCUGCUCCUGUCGGGCCUCGGGGCGGCCCGACCCCUUCUCCUGCGCCGGACGCCCAGCCGGAGAUGCCGGACCUAAGCCACCUAACCGAGGAUGAACGAAAGAUCAUCCUCUCUGUCAUGGAUCGGCAGAAAAAGGAAGAGGAGAAAGAGCAGUCCAUGUUGAAGACCAAGGAAGAGCCAAAGCCCCCGCCAUCUCAAUGGAACCCCUUUAGUGGGAUCAGUGAUCUGGUUAAUAACGUGCUGCUGCCCCAGUCCAAGUCUCCCACCGCCGAGGACGAGCGCAAGAAGCUGCAUCAGCAGUUUGAGAUGUACAAGGACCAGGUGAAGAAGAUCGGGGAGGAGACCGCCACCACCGCCAAGUCCGCCGCCGCCACGGAGCAGCAGAAGAGCGACUCCCCCACCUGCGGCAUCUGCCACAAGACCAAGUUUGCCGACGGCUGCGGCCACGUCUGUUCCUAUUGCCAAACCAAGUUCUGUGCCCGCUGCGGAGGACGCGUGUCUCUGCGCUCCAACAAGAAGGACAAAGUGGUGAUGUGGGUAUGCAACCUGUGCCGAAAGCAACAAGAAAUCCUCACAAAGUCCGGGGCCUGGUUCUACAGCGGCCCGAACCCGGGCGGUACUGAAGGACGCCGGUUAGGACCACAGGCCCGCCGGGGUCCAGCAGGCACCGGCCCGGACACGCUUAGGAACGGAUCGUCCCUAGACAGCAGGUGGGUCUGCGUAUUUCCCUUCUACCUGGCCGCUGUGGUAGCCUGA